AGCACUGACUGCCCCGCUUCGAUUCCCAUGGAUCUGAUUACUGUCCAUUUACCACACAGCCUAAAUAUGACAGUGGGCGCUCUAAUCAUUGCAUAUCCCAGUUAAUAUUUCACAUUUUGACCGGCCUUUAAAAAAUACCGUUUGUCAAUUAAACUAGAUUUUACAUCGCUAUUCGAGGAUGACAACACCAACUGCAGAGGCAUUUGCGUGAAUAGUCUCCUAUCUAAGGGAGUAGACCGGGAGCUGGGAAGGGGCAACGAUACCACUCUUCUCUCACCAUCAUCUGUUUAUUUGAAAAAGGCACACAAGCGAAACAUCCAACGCGAGGGACCACUGCCUUCGGUUCAUCUUGACGUUUUCCCUGAAGUAUUUGCUUUCUGAAUCCGGGACAAGAUACUGGAGGAAGCAGAAACGAAGGAUUCUGUUGUGGAAAGCGUUCUCGGGGGGACCUUUAAAUUAUAUUCUCUGAAUAUUUCAUGAGGGUUGGAUUUGUUAACAUGGAGACUGUGGAAAAAGAGUGCGGAGCGCUGGGUGGGCUUUUCCAGGCCAUUGUCAAUGACAUGAAGUACUCAUACCCAGUGUGGGAGGAUUUCAGUGCAAAGGCCACCAAGCUGCACUCCCAGCUCAGGUUAACAGUACUGGCAGCUGUGGCUUUCCUAGAUGCCUUUCAGAAGGUGGCCGACAUGGCGACCAGUGCUAGAGGUGCCACCAGGGACAUUGGAUCAGCACUGACUAGAAUGUGCAUGCGACACCGGAGCAUUGAGACCAAAUUGCGCCACUUCACCAAUGCUCUAAUGGAGAGCUUGGUAACUCCACUGCAGGACCGCAUUGAGGACUGGAAGAAGACGGCCAACCAGCUUGACAAGGACCAUGCCAAAGAGUACAAACGAUCUCGGCACGAAAUCAAGAAGAAGUCAACUGACACCCUGAAGCUGCAGAAAAAAGCCAGGAAAGAGCUCCUGGGCAGAGGGGACUUGCAGCCGCAGCUGGACAGUGCCAUGCAGGAUGUGACCGACAUGUGCUUGCUGAUGGAGGAGACAGAGAAGCAGGCAGUUCGCAGGGCUUUGGUGGAGGAGAGGGGGCGCUUCUGCACCUUCAUCAGCUUCUUGCAGCCUGUUGUGAAGGGAGAGAUUGCUAUGUUGGGGGAGAUCACACAUCUUCAAGCUAUUAUUGAUGACCUGACAGUGCUGACCGCUGACCCUCACAAACUUCCCCCUGCCAGUGAGCAGGUAAUCACGGACCUGAAGGGCUCAGAUUACAGCUGGUCCUACCAGACCCCCCCUUCCUCCCCCAGUGGGUCUGGCUCCAGGAAAAGCAGCAUGUGCAGUCUGCCUCAGCCACCACCAGGGGGCGCUCAGCGCUUCACCAUGGUCUCCUCCCAUGAUUCAGGCUCACAGGAUGCAAAUUUCCUCCCCAAACCUGCUUCGCCUAUGCCCUCUGACAUCACUAGCCAGAAGUCAUCAAGUUCGGCUUCCUCUGAGGCAUCAGAAACCUGUCAGUCCAUUAGUGAGUGCAACUCUCCCAGCACGGACUGGCUCAAACCAGGUCCCAAUGAUCAGUCACUGGUCAGCACACCACAGAGGAGGAAGGAGCCAUCAGAGAGACUGAAAGAACAAGAGGUGCCUCUCUGUCUCCAAGGGUAUGCUGGGAUACACACAGAGGAUUUUCAGAGGCUCAGGAUGAUCCCAGCCACCGUCACUGCCAAGUCUGAUGAGGAAGUGUCUCCAGCCACCAGUGACCUGGCCAAGGUCCUGACCCACAGACUCAGCAUGGAGCAGCAGAGGAACAGCCGAGACUCCCUGCAGAGCUCUAGUGGCUAUAGCACCCAGCCCACCACACCAUCCUGCUCUAAAGACACCAUUCCCUCGCAAGCAUCAGAUUAUGACUGCUACUCUGUGAACGGUGAUGCAGAAGGUGAGGCUCAGACAGACUUUGACAAGUCCUCCACCAUCCCACGCCAGAGCAACAUUGCCCAGAGUUACCGGCGCAUGGUUGAUGGCAAGAGGCCAGCCAGUACUGCGGGGCUUCCUAGUGGGAUGGGAGUACAGGCUGGGCUGCCUAGUGGUGGCGGAGAGAGUGGUGGUGGAGGAGGGGGCGUGGCAACAAUCCGCCGCACCCCCUCCACUAAGACUGGAGUGAGACGCAGUCUGUCCAGUGCAGGUCCCAUCCCCAUUCGCCCACCUGUGGUGCCAGUGAAGACUCCUAUGGUGCCUGGCUCACCUGGGCGGGCGGGCAUUGAGGAAAGCAUUUUGUAUGCAGAUGACAGCUUGCCCAACAUGGUGGGCUGUGCUAAGGCCUCCCCCAAGCGGCUGAGCCUACCCAACUCAGCAUGGGAGCCAGGCAUGGGUCUGGACAUGAGCAUGUAUGCUUACCAACCUGCAGCCCCAAGGAUCACUGCAGAGGAAGAUCAGCUUCUGGCUGCUAACCGCCACAGCCUCGUGGAGCAGAUUGGAGAACUGGUGGCCGGUGCCCAUGCCAUGGGAGAGGGACAUAUACCCUUGACGUCACUGCCAAACGACCCCCAACUGAACCCAGUGCCCAAGUACAACCCCCCGACCACAGGGGAAGAGGACAUGCUAUUGACUAUCCGGAGAGGGGUACGGCUUCGCAGGGCUGUCUCCAACGACAGGUCGGCACCCAGGAUUUUGUGAUGGCCUCCCAGGACAACCCAGCUAGAACUGAGUUACCUAUACGCUGACACUGUAGGGAAUUAAAUAUGUUUCAAAGUAAUUAAAUAUUAAAAAGUAUAAAUACAUCAAGUAUAUAAAUAAUAAUAAAUACACAGUAAAUACAUUAAAGGCCCUGGACACGUUUAUCAUAUUAACAUCACCACCAGUCUGAUUAUUAUAAUGUCCUUAACUGCUGUUGGACCCAGUUACUACCAACCUUUCCACCAUGUCUCUAACUUCCUUAAACCACUUUGACCUGAUAUUGAACCCUGUGCAGUAAUUGCCUAGUCAUUGAAUGAAGGUCUGGGUGCAUGGGGGUUGGGGAGAAAGUUGGGGGGAGGUAUGAGUUACUUUGCUCCCCCAUGGCAGUCUGUCUCUAUAUCUGUGAUAUCACACUGUAUCCUUGAAACCAUUGUAACAACUCCCUACAUUGUUGAUUGUCUCUGUCUUUGAGUCUGUGUUUGUCAGACUGGCUAGAGUUUUGGCAUAGCUUGACUUCAAGUCACCCGGGGUCUCAAAGAGGGAUCGAUAUCUGUUUCUUGUGUUUUAUUUACUGUUUAUUAAUACAUUUUAGCCAGUGUUUUGAAAGGUGUUUUAAAUUAUAGCAGACAUAUUUUUAGAAAAUAAAACUAAAGUAAAUAUAUAUAAUCAAGCAAUGAAUGUGAAUUUUUGCUGUGAAAGUGACCAUACCUUA